CUUAUACCUUGACAGAGGGGAACGCCUGUACAUGGCUACUCCCCUCCGUGUUGCUCUUUGCCUUUUAGUACAUCGUACGUGUGCUAUCCAAGACUAUGUCACAGUCAAAUCGUUAAUCGACUUUGACAGUGCGAUCAUGGUGAUUACUGAAAAUUUGAGAAAAAUGUCUAGCAACAGUAACAACAACCAAAAAAUUGAUGAAAAACCUGGGGAUGGCAUUAGAUCCAUGAGAUCAUCAACAGCAUUUAGAGUUAUUAAUUUUGAAUUGUAUGCAAAACCUAAUAUAGUUAUAAUGAGCAUUGGCCUGACUUGCUUUGGUCUUGCUCUUGGUUACAUUACCUAUAUGAGACAAAAAUAUGAAUCAAUGGGUUACUAUUCUGCAAUAAAUGAAGAAGGAAAAGAAACAUUUGAAAAGCGAAAAUCUAAAUGGAACUAAUAUGUAACAAAUUGGAUUAUAAAAUGUAGGAUAAUUGAUUUAACCAUUAUGUUCUGUCUUGUAUAUAGGUAGUGUUUAUGCUAGCAAGUUUGUAAAUAUAAUUAUUGAUAUAGA